CAUUCCCCCGCCCACCCACUGGGUCGCCCCGCCUUUAUUCUCUUGCGCCUGCGUGGCUAUGGCGGCGCCCGCUUCGGAAAUGGAGGGAGCCACGGCGGGACCGGAGGAGCUGGUCUGCGUGCGGGGCCGGAAUCGCAAGGCCGUGCUGUGCCAGCGCUGCGGUUCCCGUGUGCUUCUGCCUGGAGCCGCUACCUUCACCCGCAGAGAGCUUUUCCUGCCUGCUAUGAAGAAGAAGACAGCGCUGGUGGGUAACAGUGACUUGGAUGGAGAUGUUCUACAGGACCACUGGCUGGUUGAUGAUAUGUUCUCUUUUGAAAAUGUCGGCUUCACCAAGGAUGUUGGAAAUAUAAAGUUCCUGAUCUGUGCAGACUGUGAAAUUGGCCCUAUUGGCUGGCACUGCUUGGAUGACAAAAAGAGUUUCUAUGUGGCCUUGGACCGUGUGUCCCAUGAAUGACAUGUUGACUGAUGACCAAAAGAUCAAUGAGCCUUCUAUCAGUUAGUUAGGCCAUGCUAUAGAUAUUCUGCCAACAUGUAGCCAUGAAAAUGGCUCAAGAAGUAUGCCCUAACGUGGUGCAUCAAGAGAAGUAUCUGCUUAUAGUGCUUGUCAAGUGAGUUGCGACUCCCUUGAACCUCUUUUUCCCAUUAAGUCUAGCCCUGACUCCUAUUCCUGUCUAAUACCUUACUGAUUACAUUGGUGUAAUUUGAAACAAAGGACUUCCCAUGCACAUCGAUGGCUCAUGUUAUUUAAUUAUUGAAUGAAAGAAAAAUAUUGAGAUACAAUGAACUCUUUGUGAGCAUAUAAUGCAACUGGAAUAAGACUACUAGCCUUUUUUCCCUUUUGGCAGUAUCAUAUCCAGAUUUAUGGUUUUCUUUUUGGACCAAAAGGUGCAUACUUUUGACUUUAAUGUUUACAGGCAUGACUGCUAUAUGACUAUCAGUUUCCAUUUCAUAAGCAUAACACACUAUUGAAAGCCAGGUCUUGGUUGCAAGAGAACAUUUUAAAUGUGUGAAAAUCAAAUGAUACUUUUGAGAGGCGGAGGGAAAGAAGUCAUGAUAAACGUGCAAGAAGAGAAUGUCACUGGAGACUAUAACCCUUUACAAAUAUUUGUACUGUAUUUAAUUAAACUUAAAUCAAGCUUU